AUGGAGAGUUUUGUGCAGAUUGUUGAGAUCCUGCUGGGCCUGAUUGACAGUGAGGAGCUCAAUUCAUGGCAUCUCCAUGUCAACAUCAUCAAGCUCCUUCAACACAACCAGCUGACAGAGGUGGAUGUUGACCUCCUUGAAGUGGUGCAGUGGAAGGUGCAUAUGUGGGAGCUCUACAGCAACAUGGUUAAGGUGCCAAAGCAGACUAGGUUUAAAAAGAGGAGGAAGCAAUCAAAGAGGACCACCAAGAGCAACAACAAUAUGACAAUCAAGGGGAAGACGCUCAACAUGUUCAACAUGCCCAACUUUGAAACAAGCACCUUGCAUAGCAGAUCUGUUUCCUGGGACCAAUCUGGUUCCAGGAUGACCAGUAUGAAGACCAGCAUCUGUCAGUGA